AUGCUGACAUCCAAGCUAGAAUUCCUGGACAUACUCCAGGAAGCUCUCUCCCUCCCCUUCAACAGCAUCAGGUUCAUCAUUUUCUCUGCACUAACUUCCUUCCCUUUCUUCUGCUUCUCGCUCUUCUUCAACCUCACUCUCCAGCAAUCCGUCCUCCAAAUCUACGCUUCCCUAUGGCACUCUCAGCAGAUCCAGACCGCCUUUUCGAAGCUCGUCCAGCUCGGUCUCCUCUACCUGGUACCUUACCACCUCCUACAAUUCCUCAGCGUAGCCACAACGGUCGACAUGGCCACACGGCUCUACGACGGGGAGAACCUGUCAGGGAGCAACCUUAGGGACUUCCUCAGGAGACCCUUAUGCCGAAACGGGAUCAAAGGCCCCUUCAUCACUUUCAUGUACUCUGUCCUGCUCUCUGCCUCCACACUUCUCGGCUUGCUCUGGAUUGCCGCCAAUUGUUUCUUCGUCAUUAAGCUCUUCGACAACCCUUUUCACCACUACUACUAUUAUGACCACGACUACUACUACUACGGGUCUGGAGUGAGCCUGCUGCGGAAUUCUGCAAUAAUUGGGGUUCAUGGAGUGGCCUUUGUUGCCUUGUUGAGCAAGUACGUGGAGUGGAGCGGCGGAUGGAACGCGAGCGUGGUGGUUUCGAUCCUCGGGGAGGAGUAUGGGAACGAGGCGUUCGAGGUCUCGGCUUACUUCACAAGGGGGAGCCAGUUCAGGGGUGGGAUGCUUAUGUUUGUUUUCUUUGCUUGGGGAGUGGUACUGAGGCUGCCCUGCCUCUUUGGAGGUUGGUCUGUUGUGGGGAAUCAUGUAGGGUUUCUGCUGGCUUUCCUCGGCACGGUGUUGAUUUGUGUAGGGAAUGUGAUCAAGUGGGUGGUUUGUGCUGUCUACUUCUUUGACUGUAAGAGGCGGAUUCUGGAGAAGAAGAUUGAUGGUGAACAUGUGUGA